AUGGUCAAAGUAGAGGAAGAAGAGAAGGACAAAGCUCUUGUAGUUAAAGAAGAAGAAGAGGAGGGUGGUUUUACGCACCUCUUGGUUCACACAGCAGAGAGGACGCACCACUGUUCUCAGUGCGACCGGAGCUUCCUGAGACUCCAGCACCUCAAAGAGCACCAGAGAACCCACAGCGGAGAGAAGCCUCACUACUGCUCCGCGUGUGGGAAGGGCUUCACCAAGGUCCGACUGCUCCGGACACACCAGCGGCUGCAUGCCGUGGAGGGGGCCGAUGUCGUCGGGGAUGGGGCGGAGACGGGGAUGAAGGAAGGUAGUGGGGUGGUGAUGUCAGCGAUGGGGCGGAAGAGAGCGCUGAGAGUUCUGGCCGGAGUGGACUACUACUACUGCUCUGAGUGUGGGAAGAGCUUCUCCAGUGCGGCCUAUCUUAAGGUGCAUCAGAAGGCUCACACAGGAGACAAACCAUACCAGUGUGCUCACUGUAAGAAAUCAUUCAGCACGUCGUGGGGUUUAAAGGUUCACCGGCAGAAUCGCUCUGGAGAGAAGCCCUACCAGUGCGCCGACUGUGGGAAGAGGUUCUCGGACCUGCGCAGCCACAAAGCCCACCGGAGCACCCACACUGGAGAGAAACCAUACACAUGCCCUGUCUGUGGAAAAGGCUUUGCCUGGCUAAAGAGCCUACAGAAACACCAGGCCACACACAGCAGUAGUGAUGGUGGAGUCAUAGAAGUACAUAUAGAAUAAUGUAGGAUAUCCUGGAGGGUUUCACUCCAACCCCAAUCUAGCAGGGUAGUUACAACUACGGGACAGGUGGGUAGCUCUCCAGGAACAGGGUUGGGUUAUAGGAGGGUAGCUCUCCAGGAACAGGGUUAUAGGAGGGUAGCUCUCCAGGAACAGGGUUGGGUUACAGGAGGGUAGCUCUCCAGGAA